AUGAAUGCCACUAGUUCGCCUAUCAGUAAAAAUGGAUUUUUCACUAAUGAUAUAAUUAGAAUCGAAGGCGAAGACAAAGAAUCAGAAGAAAUUAAAACUGCAUUCGAAAAACAUAAAAUAGUCUUAAAAGAAAUAAGAGAUGCAAAAAAGAAAGGUCUUCCGCUAGCAGAUUAUCAAAAAAAAGUAGAAGAGAUAAAAAGAAGUCACGGACUUAAAAAUCCUGUUUCUACAAGACCUUCCACUUAUCCUUAUCUGUCCAUUGCUGAGGACUUACUAAAAUGCUUAAAAGAGGAAUUGGUUGAGAAAAUAGUGAUCAUCAGUUCUUAUCGGAAAGGUCAGCCUUCCGCUUCUGUUAUAAUGAAAAGAAAAGAAUUUGCAAGAACGUUCGGGAAAUUUUCACAAAGCGAACUAGAACUUACUGAGGUUGCAACAGUUAAUAAUGAAAAUUCACCACAUAGGUGA